AUGUUUGAAUUGGGAAGUUUCACUGGAGGAGACUGGCCGAGAAAAGGCGGCAGAUCUCUUCUUGGGUACGCCAUUCCUCCUCCAAAUGUCCACUCCACUGAUUGGCGAGACAUGCUCUCGAUCACAGAAGCUCGAGAUUCAGCUCAAGAGCAAGGAGAGAAUUCGCCGAAUCUGAGGAAGACGAGUGAGCCGCACGGGGAGUGCCCUGCUCCGGUGCCACCGCUCUUCAGUCAGAUGCGAUUCUCCGAAUCGGAUUUGUCCCUCAAUAGAGCUCAUUGGAUCACCGAGACUUUCAAUCGACGAGAGUGUGCACGAUUCGUCCCCACAAAUAAGUAUCCAGAAAAGUGGGUUGCUUUUAUUAUAUUUCACUUCCUUUUAUUUCACCUUGUACUUACUUUAAUGAUUGUGGCAGUGCUUUCGCUUCUGAAGAUGGAAUUUACAUAUAAUUUUGCCUUACAGCUACUAUAG